UGAGAAAAGGUAUAAGUCAAGUAUUCCAUAGUUAAUAACAAAGAAACAAUUAGUGAAUUAUUCUAUUAAAAGUUGUGCAGAUCUAUUAAAAUGAUAGCCUUUUCAAAGAAUUUAAAAUUUGUAGGUCACUUGAGAAUUGCUGAAACCUAAAUCCAUCCAUCCAUCCAUCAAGCAGGAUUAUGAACUCUGUGGUCAUUACUUUUAGAAUGGAUUUAAUGCAUUUUUUUUUUUUAAGGUUUGAGGUCAAAAAGCUCUUGUCAAGACUAAAUAGGAAAAAAAAAAGAAAUCAAAGAUGCAGGACUUACUGUUGAUGGAUUCAAGUACAGCAUCAGCUUUAAAGUUACAUUGGACUACAAAGCACUAUUGAUGUUGCUGAGGCUGUUAACAGCGGAUGAGAAUUUUGUGCUUGGGGGCCAAGGGGUAGAUUGCCAGUUCUGCUGCUUCUGCACUGCAAUCAGGGCUUGCAAAGAUCACAUGGCUGGAGAUUUUCAGGAAGUGUGCCUGAGCUGUCUUGCAUCCAAAGCAAACAUUGGAAAGUGGACUGGUAUCCGUGAUGACCUUGAAUUCCUAAUUGAUGAGGAACUCACAAGCAUAUGCCUUUGUGCCCUCCACUGUGAGAUGCGAAAUACAGAGCAACUCCUUAGAUCCCUUGGGCUCUAUGUCUACAAGUGUGGAACCCUGGAGCACUGUAAUGAGGCAUUGGCUGACUUUGGCCCUGAAAAUACCAGGAAGUAUGACAGGCUCAAAGUCAAGCUUAACAAGGGCCAGACGACUGCUGUCACCAAGAACAACAUCACAGUAAUGUCAUUCUCAGGCAGCACUGAAAAGGCCAUCUUAAACAAUAUCACAGACAUUGUGUCCAGGUCACUGCCAAUAGACACUCUUGUGAAGUAUCACCUUCAGAUAACAAGUGUGAGUCAAGAUGUUGUCCUCAAUCAAGUAGCCUAUCUACAAGAUGUGAAAGAGUACCUUGAGAGUAUUUUACACAGUGGUAAAUUCCAGAGAGAUCAUGGCACACACCAAGACGAAAUCCAGUUAUUGGAUCAUCCUGUUUUGAGAACAUUUCUAGAAGAAGAGCAUGCUACCUGGACACUCAUGCUACAGGAUGUUGAGGAGAAAUACCUGAAGGCAGAACAGUCCAACCUCCCUUCUCUAUCAUCCAAGAAACGUUUGAAAACACAACCACCAAGCCCAAACACAGCCAUGGCUGAGCUUGCUGCUGAUAUUCAGUUGGGAAAUUUUCACUCGGUAUUUCGUGGAUGGGUGGAGCUAGCGACUGUCAUGAGGGAGCAGACGUUCGAUGAAGACGAAGAUGAUAACAUUGAUGUGUAUGAUGUUAAGUGCAAGCUGUGGGGACUGCAUUUACGUCACCUUUUCCGAGGAGGUCUAGGAACUGGUGACUAUGGCCAUUUGACAGUGGAACAUAGUGCUAUGUUGUUCCGACAGCACCGUUCUUUCGCCAAAUAUUCGAACCAGGGAUUCGAGGCUUCCCACAAGAUCCACAGGGCCUUGUACUCAAGAGCCUCCAGCCAUGACCAGGUUGGUGUUAAUCAGUCAAUUGAACAAAUAAUGACCCACUGGUUGUCAGAAAUGAUGCUGUUCUUGCGAUAUGAGUUUGUUAAAGCCAGCGAGUGCAUCUCCCAAGAUGUCCGAGGCCAAAAGCCCGAGAGCAACGGAGAUCAAUAAUGAGGUAGCGGUGCAAUUAAUCCUGCGUUUAAAAGGUAAGAAGGCAUUCCACUUCCGUGGAUGCGGGUGGAAAAAGAAGGACACCAACUGGUCAGCAGAAGACAAGUCCUGGAUCCUGGUUAUGACAAAGCUACUGAACAAUAUCUAUGGAGAUGACUACCUAACGUACUCGUACACGCAGAAA